UAGAGUGAAGCAUUUACUGUUGGGUGAAUUGAAGAUGAAUGAAGGUCAUCUUCCAGUAAGGUAUCUUGGGGUUCCUCUCAUUUCCACUAGAUUGUCUGCAUCAGAUUGUGGGGCUUCGUUGGAUAGAGUUUCAGGGCCCAUUGAUUCUUGGCUGUCUAGGAAUCUUUCCUAUGUAGGUAGGCUCCAAUUAAUGUCCUUUGUUCUGUACAGUUUGUAAGUGUACUGGACUGGAAUUUUUAUUCUCCCUAAGACAAAGGUUUCCUGGAAGGAUUUGUGUUUUCCUAAGAGGGAAAGAGGCUUGAGGUUGAAAAGAUUGGAAGUUUGGAAUCAAACUUCUAUGCUUAGGCAUGUUUGUAGCCUUUUUGCUAGGUUUGGUUCUAUUUGGGUGGCUUGGGUGAAGGAAAACUUGCUAAAAAGAAAGAGUUUCUGGAGUGUUGGUAUCCCCUAAAAUUGUUCUUGGAGCUGGAGGAAGAUUUUAAAGUUGAGGGACAUUACUAAGAGGUUCUUGAAGUUUGAGGAUGGCAAUGGGGAGAAUAUUCAAAUGUGGCGGGAUCCAUGGCAUCCUUUUGGUAUUCUAUUGGAGAUUUUUGGACAGAGGGUGGUUUAUGAUGCUCAGAGCAGUGUGGAGGCUAAACUUUCCUUUAUUAUCCUUAAUGGAGAUUGGUUUUGGAGACCAGCUAGAUCUGAGACCUUAGUUGAAAUUCAAUCUGGGCUUCUUGAAGUAUGUUUAGGUCUUCAUGAUAAGCCUAUAAGGACUGCUUCUAGGAAAGACUGCUAUGUUAGCUCAGAAACUUGGGAGAUUCUUAGAAAGAAGAAGGUGGAGACAGCUUGGUGGAAACUGGCGUGGUCCCCUAUAGCCAUACCCAAGCAAGCUUUCAUUUUAUGGCUUGCUAUGCAGGAUAGGCUCCUCACAGGGGAUUGUUUGCUUAAGUGGGGUUAUAAAGGUGAUGUCAAGUGUCUUUUCUACCAUAGUCAAACUGAAAGUAGAGAUCAUUUGUUCUUUGAAUGCAAUUUUAGCUAUCGAAUUUGGAAGUUUUUUAUGUUUCGAUGCAGAGUGGACAACCCUUUUGUAAUUUGGGAUGAGAUUUUGCAGCUACGAAUCAGCAACUGGGGGAAUAAGGCUCUCAAAGGUCUCAUCUGCCGCCUAGUUUUGGGUUCUGUAAUCUAUAAUCUUUGGUGCACAAGGAAUGAGAUUAAGCACUCUGGCCAGCCUAACACUGAAGAGCAACUUCUAAAGAAAAUUCUUUGGGAAGUGAGGGCUAGAAUAGUUGGGAAGGAAAAAUUUCCUAAGAGAGCGUCUUGUCUUACUGUCUUUGUGGAACCUGCCUACAGAUUUGUUGUUGUAAGCUGUUUCUGUAGGCUAUGUUUUGUGGUCUGUUUGUUGUUAGGGUUGUUCUCUGUGAGGUUUGUUUAUGGUUUUGAGGGGUUUUGAUAUGUUGGUAUUUUUUUGUUGGUUUCUUUUCCUGCAGUUUUGAUGUUACUGCAGCUUUGUGUUUUCUGGUUUAGUUUGGUUGGUUAGGCCUUUGUGAGGUUGUGCUUUAGCCCAUUGGUAGGGCGUAUUUGGUGCUACUUUCGUGUUUUGGU